CAUCAUUUCUAACUUCUUAGUAACACUCAACAUCAUAUACACAUACGUCACAUGAUGAAGAUUUCAUCCAAUUAUUAUUAUUAUUAUUAUUAUUAUUAUUAUUAUUAUUAUUAUUUUGCUAUACUCUUGAUUUUGCCAUCCGAUGCACAACUAUCUUCGACGUUCUACGACAGUACAUGCCCCGAUGCGCUAAGUACAAUCCGGACCUCCAUCAGGCAGGCCGUGACCAACGAGCAGAGGAUGGCCGCCUCCCUUGUUCGCCUCCACUUCCACGAUUGCUUCGUUCAGGGGUGUGAUGCAUCAAUCCUAUUGGACGAUACCACUGGAGAGAGAGUUGCAUUGCAGAAUAACAACUCUGUUAGAGGGUUCGAAGUGGUGGAGGCCGCGAAGCAGGCGGUGGAGUCCAUAUGCCCUGGGGUGGUGUCGUGCGCAGACGUGCUGGCAGUGGCGGCGCGUGAUGCAACGGUGGCAGUUGGAGGGUCGUCGUGGACAGUGAAUCUAGGGAGGAGGGAUUCCCCCGCCGCCGCCACGAGAGCGCUUGCUGAAAGCGACCUUCCUAGGUUCACCGAUCCUCUCCCAACCCUCAUAUCCAAUUUUGAAAACAAAAACUUAAGCGAAAGGGAUUUGGUUGCUUUGUCAGGGUCUCACACGAUUGGGCAAGCGCGAUGCGUGACUUUCCGGGACCGGAUCUACGGCAACGAGAGCAUCGACCCGGACUUCGCGAUCAAGCGGCGGCGCAACUGCCCUGAAAGCGGCGGCAACGAUAAUCUGGCGCCGUUGGAUGAGGUGACACCGAACGUCUUCGACAACAAUUACUUUAGGAAUCUGCAGAGUUUGAGAGGUCUGCUGGAAUCGGAUCAAGUUCUUUUGAGCGACGAACCGACUAGGAGCAUUGUGCUGGAAUACAUCGACAAUCCUGACAGAUUCGAUUCGGAUUUCGGCGCCGCCAUGAUCAAAAUGGGAGAUAUCGAACCGUUAACGGGUGGAUCUGGGUUAAUUAGAAGUACAUGUGGUUCCACACUACUAGAAAAUAGGCUAUCCAUAUAUUUAUCUUAUCACACUUUGUAAAACAUGACAUCACAGAUACUUUAUCACUACACCAUCCUUUGGCCAUAUUUCAAUACUAAUACUACAUAAAUAAAUAAAUGUCAGAAUAAGACUUCUUUACUUA